AUGGACGACUCCGGCGCCGAUUCACCCAGUUCGCCCUUCAUAUCCCUUGUCGACCAAGAGAACAUGCCGCCUCGAGCAGACACUGUCGCCAAAAAGACCGACGAUUUGAAACUUCUCGACGACGGAAAGGCGACGCCGUCUGCCCGGUUGUUUUCUACAAAUGUUCUCUCGCCUAUCCACACGUCGCGCAUGAACACCCGUUCCCCCAGCAAACCGCCGCCUGUUGCUGAGCCACAAGCCGACACCGCCAGUGAAGCUGAGCGCACUUUGCGCGACAAUGAAGGGCUCACUGUGGCCAUUGACGCCAUGGAGGCGGAGAAGGCGAAUGCAACCUUCAGCGACAUUUCCUACUAUCACAAUGCAGACGAUUCCGUCGAGGACCAGGGCGAUGGAAGCGACGUCGACAACACUUGCUUCAGUACCUUUUCCGAAGUUCCAAACGCAGACAUGACCAUGUUUGCCAAGCUUGGGAACAGAAGUCCGACCAAGCAGCAGCUUUUCCCCAGCGCGAAAACUCCCAGAAAAACCCCGGGCACUCCCGGUACUGGCCGCAAGCGCGAAUACCACGGCUACGACAGGUCUCCUUCUCCGACCCCGCGCCGCCACAAGAGUCCGACUGUGCAAGAGAGGGAUGGCGACACUACGAGCCUACUCCUGGACUUUACAGAACAGUUCCACGCCUUCUCUGGCGCAAGCCGCAGGUCUCCAACCAAGCGCCACUCGCCCUCCAAGUCCGCCGGCGGCGAGGUGGGCCUACGAAACUACCUGAACAACCAGCGCUCGCCCGCGAAGAGUGGCACCGAACCAUCCACUCCUCGAAGGCAGAGCAACCUUAUGAACCUCCUCGACUUCGAACUUCCCCCGAUGCCAACCCCGCGAUCCGUCCCCACAAUCACUGUCCGCGAGAUGGAGUCUAUGAAGUCCACUUAUCAAUCGCAAAUAUCCUCCCUUACGGCUACACUUAGUGGGCGUGCUGCGGAGGUCGAGAGUCUGAAAAAGGCUGUCGCUGAUGCUGAACGCCGAGUCGGUGAGGCCCAAGAGCAAGUUCGUGAAGAGACGGCUGCCCGCGAACAUGCUGAAAGGGAAAAGUCGGAGUGGGAGAGACGCGGCGUCGAGGUUGAAGAGGUCCUUCGCAGUAUCCGUGAGGAGGUUUUCAAGAGCGACAAAGAGCGUGAAGAACUUCUCCGCAAACUUGAGCAGAGUGAGCGCAGGGCCGAAGAGGCGGAAGCACGCGCUGCAGAGCACGAGACGCGGGCCCUUGAAGCCGAAAGCAAAGUUGUCGACCAGAGCAUCAUGACUACCGCCGACAGCGGUGACAAAGGUCCGCGCUACACUGCUGAGGAGGUCCAGCGCCAGAUUGACGAAAAGGUCGCGACACUGUGUCGUGAGUUGCACGUGGUGUACAAGAAGAAGCAUGAGACGAAGGUUGCGGCGCUAAAGAAGUCCUACGAAUCCAAGGCCGAAAAGAAACACGCCGAAUUGACACACAAGGUCGAAGAGCUUAGCAAGCAGAUCGAAGACCUUCAAGCCCAUAAGGACGAGGCGUUCUCAGGAUCCCUGCCCGAAGGCUUUGACCCUAAGGCUGCCGCUAACCGUGAGGCGGACCUCAAGCGCCUCGAAGAGCAGAAGUCAGAAAUCGAGGAGCAGAAGACUCGUAUCGCAGGCCUGGCUGGUCAGAUCGAGGCCGUCCGCGCAGAGCGUGCUCAGCUGCUCCAGGAGCUUGAGAGUGAGCGCCGCGAGAAGGGCGAGCUGGUGGCAGCCGUCGAUGAGAUGCUCGCAUUGCAGUCUGAGGAAGCUGCCACGCCCCGACAGCAGGCAGUCGUCGAAGACUUCCGCCGCAGCGUGGCCAGUGCCACUCCAAGAGGCAAGCCCGAUGGUAACAGCGGUCCCUCGGAAUUCCGUAGCAGCGGCAUUGGCAAGCCGUCUGGUCUCCGUGGCCCCGGCUUCGGCUUCGGUGGCGGCGCUGCCGGCGAAAGCAGGAUUGGCCGGGGAGUUGGUGCAUCGGGUGUGGGCAGGAGUGGAGGCCAUGGUAUGCCGAAGAGCAGGAUGAUGUCCAACAUCGAGCGGAUGGGUAUGGGUGGCAGAGGCCAUGAGUAG